UAUUGGUCAUACGGUCGCGAGUGUUUCCCGUUGCGUAUUGGGUCAUGCAACAACAAAACGUGUCGCUGUGUAGUAAAAGUUUAAUAUUUUCAUAGAUAUUAUUAGUUCGUAAUAAAAAGUAAACAUAAUUGAAUGUAAUCAAAAAAGUGUAGUGAAUAUUUAGUGUGUAAACAACAAAUGAUUAGAAAUUGAUGGAAAUUGUAAUAAAAGCUAAAACACACACCAAAAAAUCAAGUCACACAACAAGCGAGCGAGCGAGUGGGUGAAGCCAAAACACGUACGUACAUGUGUAAAAGCUGCAAUAACAACACGGCAUAAAUUUAUAGGCGAAAAUCAGGCAUUUUACAAGUCCAAACACCGCUUUCAUGCUCAAAACCAAGCCAGCGUACAACAUACAUACAAUAUGUGUAUGAUAAAUCGUCAAAGUGAGCGAGAGAAUGGAAGUGAAUGAAUUCGCUCACUGUGCCCUGUAAUAUUUAUAAGCAGUGAAAAAAGCAAGAAAAUAAACAACAACAAACAAAAAAGUGACCGCAAACCCAGCUAGUAAAAGUCUAGGCAUAUGUACAUAUAUACAUAUAAACGUAUGUACAUAUAUAUUUAUGUUUUUAUAUAAAGUGCACAUAAAAGUCCAUGCAUACAAACAUAUUUACAUGUCAAGUGUUUUUGGUGUUGUUGUGCUUUGUUUUGUGCGCUAAAAAAUCAGUAGCUAUGUGGUGUUGACAUAUGUAUAUACAUACAACAACAAACACGCGCAUGUUUUACAACGCAACACGUUGUCUUUUCAUAUUUACAUAUGUAAAAUAAGAAAAUAUUUUUACUAAAAAUAUCAAUGACACGCGCAGCUCGCGAAACUUGCGAAAAAAAUACCAAAAUCAAAUUGUUUAACCAUUGGCAACACUGUGUAUUGUAAAAGUAAUUAAUGAAUUGCAUAAUUGUGAGAAAAGUGUGCAAAAAAAUUAAAUCGUAAUCAUUUUAAAAAUUUAUCAAAAAGUGAAGAGCUAACACAUUUUAACUUCAGCGCCUUUGUUUUGCUUGCCAGCAACGUGGAUGGAAUUUUUCUUACUAUUGCAUAUAGUGGAGUUGCAUUUUUAUAUUUCAAUGCGCGUGAGCGAAAAUUUCUUCGAAUUUAAAUAAAGUUAAUUUACAAAUAUAAGGGAGCAUCAAGCAUAGUAUUUUGUAGUGAAAUUAAGGUACAAUAAAAUUGUUUCGCGUCGUAAACAAACAGCUGCCGAACACACACUAAUUGGCACAUGGAAAACAAACUACAAAAGAACACAAAAAAUAAUUAUACCAGUCUAGAAACAGGAAGAAAUCAAGCAAUCUUUUAGUAUUACUUCAACACUAGAGCGACGCGCCAUUGCUGGUCAUGAAUGAACACAAAGUGCAAGUCAUAUGAGGUGUACUUUAUUAUAGCAAAACCUUUAUACAUUACAUACGCUAGCAAGCAGCUGAAAACUUGCUUUCUUCCUACACAUUACACGUAACUACUAGUCCUCCACUGCCGCACUAAACACACACAAAAAUGGUGCGCUUCGAGCCCUUAGGUCAGAAAAUGUUCACACGCCGUAAUUGGUUGCUGCGCUGCAGCAUAUUGAUCAAUAUACUGGUCAUACUCUACAUAUGCAGUCAUGUUAUGAUUGGCAAUGGCACCGGUUUUAACGGCAGCAACACAUUCUUCAUACAGGAACGCGGCGUGGACACAGCGAAUAGCGCACAACUAAUAGGUGACAAAAUACAGCCGCCCCCGCCACCGCCACCUGCAUCAAACGAUCUAUCACUAUCCCCCAACGAUUCCGGUGGCGUUGCGGCGGCGGCUCCUGCUACAGCUGCUGAUACUGCUGCAGCGCCCACACAAAAUCAAGCCGGUAGCGCUGUGGCGGGGAAUAUUGGUGGCGUUGCUCCCAUAGUAGACCCCGCUGUAUACACAAAUAAUACUGUAAAUGAUGGCGAUGCCGCAGUCGCUGAAGAAAAAGAUCCAGAAGUACGGCUGGAAACGCUCUUAAACUGUUACGAUCGCGACUUCAAGCCUGAGGUCUUGCAACGUGGCGAUUUCUGGGUUCUCAAGAAUUACGUGCGCGCCGAUCAUGGUCCGCUCAAGUGCUCCGAAUCGAUCACUUAUACAACACAUGCGGAUUAUACAUUUUUAGAUAAUCUCAUACCGCUGCUGGAGCGUUGGAAUGCGCCCGUCAGCAUUGCGAUGCACACACCGGGCACUGACUAUCAACCGACCAUUGAUGCCAUUAAGUACCUGCGUGAAUGUCUGCCAGAAAGUCCGUUGGUGCGCACUUUUACCACAUUUCAUCUCUACUUCAGCACGAAACACAUACCCAAACAGGUGGCGAAGCAGUCAGAAGUACUGAAGACGCCCUAUAAUUGCACGUUGCCGCCACCCUAUUUCAAUAUCAGUUCCGGCCAUUUAUAUAAGUCACAAAAGAAAUUAUUAUAUCCGGUGAAUGUGGGUCGUAAUAUUGCGCGCGAUGCUGCCUUAACACAUUUCAUAUUAGCCUCAGAUAUUGAAUUGUAUCCAAAUCCCGGUUUGGUGAAGAAAUUUCUCGAAAUGAUUGCGCGCAACGACGCGUAUCUGCAACGCAAAUCGCCGAGAGUUUUUCCGCUCUCCAUCUUCGAGGUGGAGGCGAAUGCAACAGUGCCACGCGACAAAACGGAGUUGCAAGAAUAUUUGCGCACCGGCAAAGCGAUACCCUUCCAUAAGCGCGUGUGCGCCAGUUGUCAUGGUGUGCCACAGUCCAAGGAGUGGAUGGCCGCAAAUGAAACCGAUGAGCUGAGCGUUUUCCACAUAGGCAAGCGUACGGGCUAUUUCCGGCAUUGGGAGCCCAUCUAUAUUGGCACACAUGCCGAUCCUCACUACGACGAGCGACUGAGCUGGGAGGGCAAAAGUGAUAAGAUGACGCAGGGUUAUGCGCUUUGCGUUUUAGACUAUGAGUUCCAUAUACUAGAUAAUGCCUUCCUCGUGCACAAACCCGGCAUUAAAGUGCUGCAAAAAGAUAAUCGUCGCGCCAUGUUGGCGGGCAAAACGAAUCAACUUAUACGUAAAAUUAUCUAUCCGGAAUUGAAGAUCAUGUAUGGUGUGCGCCAGGGCUGCGUUGUAUAGUAACUAAUAAAUUGGCAAAAAAGUUGAAAAACUUUUUUAAGCUAUAAUAAGCAUGGAAUUAAAAGACUACUACUACAAUUCAAAAUACUACUUUUUUAAGACGUAGCGCACUGCUGCAGCGAAACAUUAACGAUAUGCUGUUGACGGAAGUGUAUAUGUAUGUAAAAUAUAUAUACCGUUAUAUUAAAUUAUUUGCCAGCAAAUGCAUAGUUGCAAUUAUGUCUAGUAAUUACUAACUAAUAGCGUCGAUUUGAGCCAACACGCACUGUAAAUGAUUUUAUAGUAGUUUGAUUUUAAUUUUUAUUUCGUUUCUUUAGUUUAAAAAUGCAAAGAAUAAUCUCAAACAUAUUUUUGUAACGUAACUGUAGCUAUUAAUUAAAAAUUGUCACAAAAUUAAAAUAUAUAAGCGGAUGAUAUUAUAACAAAAAAAAAAAAAAAUACUGUAAAAAGUGUAAGUUCGAAAAUAUGUAUAUUUUUUUUGUGAGUCAAUUUAAAAAGAAAAAUUCAUAUGUUGAAGUUCGAAAAAAUAUUUUGUUUGUGAGUAAAU